AUGUCCGAUUCAUUUAUCCUCAGCGUGACAUGCGCCUGCGCCGCGCUCAUUUUCCCUUGGUUCAUAGCUCGCAAGAGGAACCCACUUCUCCCCUACCCCCCAGGACCUAAAGGAUAUCCAGUUGUUGGAAACGCUUUUGAUAUCAAGUCGAAAACCCCACAACUCACGUAUGCUAAAUGGGGGAAAUUAUACGGAGAUAUCGUGUAUUUUAACGUGUUCGGUCAAGACUUCGUUGUUGUGAUCUCGGAAGAGAUUGCACAUCUUUUGGCUGAUGAACGCUCUACUAUUUACUCGGACCGGCCGGCACUCACCAGACCAAAAAUUGGCGAUGACUGGAAGAUCCAUAGGAAGCUAUUCCAUUCCAGCCUCAAAUCUGAUGUAGUUGAAAGUUUUCACGAUGUAUACUUCAGCAACGCUCGGAAGCUCGUUCAUAAUAUUCAAUGCGAUGCUCCCAAGUUCCUAGAGCAUUUCAAAUUAUUUUCUGGGUCACUUGCACCGGAACUCACGUAUGGGCGGAAGGUAGAAGGCAAGGAUGACGCUUCCAUUCGUUUCGUCACCUCAAUAUUCGAUAUCCUGCGCCGGGGAACCAAGCCAGAAAGUGGUGGUCUGUUAUUGGCGUUUCCUAUAUUGAAACAUUUUCCGUCGUGGUUCCUCGGACUUGGUUUCAAAGCGGAUGCACCACGUUGCAGGGAGAUGAUUGCAACGAUGUCGGAGCUCCCAUUCUGCGAAGCGAAAACACAAUUAGCAUCUGGUACUUUGCAGCAUUGCUUGGUAUCUGACUUUCUUACGUACGAAGGCGCGGAAGAGUCAGCAGCGAGAGAUGCUACAUCAGUUGGGGUUGACCGUUCCUCAGCUACAGCUGAGAGUACUGCUUCCAUCUUGGAGACGCUUGUCCUGAUGAUGGUGCUCCACCCCGAGAUACAAGCUAAAGUCCAUGCGGAACUCGAUGACGUCAUUGGGAAGGGUGUCUUCCCGACCUUCGGGGAUCGGCCGCGAUUACCAUUCUUACAGGCUGUACUUUACGAAGUUAUGAAGUGGAAUCCUGUCUUUCCGCUAGGUAUACCCCAUGCAACCACUACAAGUGACAUCUACGAGGGGUACCAUAUCCCGAAAGGAUGUAUCAUUAUGUUCAACGCAUGGGCCAUGUCUCGUGACUGUUUGGAUCCGGAACGUUUCGAUCCAAGUAGACAUCUUACUUCAGAAGGCCAACUCGCUCCCCAAGCUAAGAAGAACAAUUCUCUUUCUUUGGGUUCGGCGGCAGAUAAUGCGCUCUGGGUCGCAGCGGCGAUGAUUCUUUCCGCUUUUAGAUUCGAGAAGGCCAAGGACGCGUCUGAGAAAGCUAUUCCAGUGGAGCCAGCAUUUGCCAGUGGGCAGGUCAGGUGA